AUGAACGAGUUCUGCAAACGCAGACCUCCGACCUUUCAUGGGGACACCAACCCUGUCAUGGCCGAGACGUGGCUAAAUGAGGUCAAGAUGAUCCUCAAAACCUUAGGGAUUACCCAAGACGGAGAUCGUGUGGCCCUAACCACCUACCAACUGAAGGGAGAAGCCCGCUAUUGGUGGGAUCUGAUGGAGUACGCGGCCAAAUUCGAAGAACUGUCCCGCUAUGCCUUAACCUCCAUACCUACUGAAGACAAGAAGGCAAGACGGUUCGAGUGGGGACUGACAACCGCUCGAAAGGCUGUGGUAGCUCAAGCUUUUGCCACCUACGCCGAAGUAGUGAAGUGUGCACUCCGGCUAGAGAGUGAGGAGACUGACUUCAAAACCCGAUGGAAGAAGGUGACAAGCAGCACCGGCGGACCGAUCCGAACCCAACCACCCAACAACAACCGUGGACCCUACCAUAACAGACCCUUCACCCCGUCACAGAACAACCAACCCUGGAGGACUACUACCCCCGAACCUAGCGGGCCACAGAGAGAUGGUCAAGACAUAGCAACAAUUCGGUGUUUCAAUUGUCAGGCUAUGGGCCACAUUAGGCGCAACUGCCCGCAGCCUCAAAGGAGGAGGGAUGGGAACUUUUGGGAUCAGAAAGCUCAACAACCUGGACAGGUCGGGUUUGUGAUGCAAAACCCCGAGGGUCCAUCACAGCAACAGAAUGGGCAGAACAAGGGAAAGCAGCUCAUGGGGAACCAGCAAAGCACGGGAGGGCGUAUCUUUGCGCUACAGAUGGAGGCACAGGAGCAGGAUCCCUCUGUGAUCCAAGGUACGCUAUUAUUGUAUAGUACCUAUGAGCAAGCCUUGUUUGACUCUAGGGCAUCACAUUCAUUCAUAUCUACUGCCUGUGUAACUACUCUAGCCCUAGAAACAGAACCCCUAAGUACGAGUAUGAAAGUAACAUCACCGUUUGGGGGGAGUAUAACUGUUAGUCUAGUGCAAAGAGGUGUGAACUAG